CGGCGCGGGCGGCGGCCGAUCCAGGGCGGGGGUCGGCGGCCCGGCCAGCCCGGCCCGGCCCGGCCCUGGGCCGCGUCCCGAGCGUCCGCGCUCGCCGCUGCAGCCUCGGCGCCCGGCCGGCCGACCAUGGAGGCCGAGCGCCCCCCGGUUCCCGGCCCGGGCUGCGGGCGCAACCCCCUCGGCGCCGGCGGCCGGGAUCCCGCGGCCGCGCCCGUGUCCGUGCCCGCGCCGCCGCAGGGCCCUGCCUUGGAGUUCGCGCUGCCCCAGGAGCCGGAGCCGCGGGCCGCGGACCUCGGGGCCCCGGGGGUGGGGGCGGGGGCGGGGGCGGCGGGGCCCCGGACGCCGUCGGCUCACAUCCCGGUGCCAGCACAUAGAGCCCCCCCGGGAAAAGCUCGGCUGGACGAGGUCAUGGCUGCUGCAGCCCUCACAAGCCUGUCCACCAGCCCCCUCCUGCUGGGGGCCCCAGCUGUAGCCUUCAGCAGAGAGGCCGGCUCAGAACCCUGGAGGGAGGCCCCGGUGCGGCCACUGGGCAGCAGCGGGGAAGGGGGCUGGGACCCGGCCAGUGACCAGUCCUCUCCCUCUACACCGUCGCCCCCGCUGCCCCCUGAGGCAGCCCACUUCCUGUUCGGGGAGCCCGCCCUGAGGAAGAGGAAGAGCGCGCUGCAGGGGCUGUUCCAGUGUCUGUGGAAGCGCUGCGGGAAGGUGCUGAGCUCCGCGUCAGGGAUGCAGAGACACAUCCGCCUGGUGCACCUGGGGCGGCAGGCGGAGCCAGAGCAGAGCGAUGGCGAGGAGGACUUCUACUACACAGAGCUGGACGUCGCCGUGGACGCGCUGACUGAUGGGCUGUCCGGCCUGACCCCGGGGUCGCCCACGGCAUCCAUGCCGCCUGCCUUCCCCCGCUUAGAGCCGCUGGCGCCGCUGGGCCUGCCCAGCCUGCUGUGCCCACCUGCCCUGCCCCUGCCCCCGGUGCUGAGCUCCACACCCCCACCCCAGGUGUGCCCCAGUGACCACACCUACCAGGUGGGUGAGGCCGCGGGUGGCUCCGGAGGGGCGCGAGGCCACAGCGGUGUCUCCUCGCAGGGCUGCCUGGCACCCAUCCGCCUGGAGCCACAGCCCGCCCCGGUCAGGGCCUGCGCACUAGCCCUGCCCACCAAGCCCGGUGCCAACCUGAGGAAGCCCCGAGGUGAUGCCAAGAAGUGCCGGAAAGUGUACGGCAUGGACCACCGGGACCUGUGGUGCACGGCCUGCCGCUGGAAGAAGGCCUGCCAGCGCUUCCUGGACUGAGCCCCGCCCGCCCGGGGCCUCUCCUGGCUGCAGGGUCUUCUUUUUAACGGGGGGAGGGUCCCCACCACUCAAAGUGCCUCUGAAGAAACCAGCCUUUGGCCUUUUGCACUAAAGCCAAACCUCACAGCUGUCCCCUCGGCCCGGGGUCCCCGGCAGUGGCUGCCCCUCACCUGUCGGCCCUGGACUUGUCGGGUGUGAUGGGCCACACGGGGCCGUCCCCGACGCACUCUGAGGGGUGUCGGGGAGGGGGCGUCCCCGCUCGCACUUAACCUGACUGUUUGAGGGCCCAGGCGGACAUUUGUACCGUGUUUGCCAAGCUCAGGUGUCUCACGUCUGGGCUGAACCAGGCGAGGAGUAAAAUUAAAGAUGCGGGAUUUUUCCAAAAGCUGUGUCUGCCUCC